GUAAAUCAUCGGCGAGUCGAUCUAGCCGUCGGAGAUGGCCAAUAUGGUGUAGCGGUCAACGGUUUAGGGGCCGUCGUUACGUGCUACAAGUUAAAAGAAUUUCUUGGGAUGGCCUCUUUGCAGACCUCCGGGUCGGCGGUAUUUGCGUCCCUUGGGACGCCGCAGCCAAAGAACUGGGCUGAUCGAGACGUUGGAGACAAGAGGCGGCAGACGGCAAACGAGAAACGAGAGCUGUUUGUUUCUCGGCACGAGAUUUUCGCAGUUUUGUUUCCCUGGCCAAGGUUGAAGGAAUGGAGAGACGGUAAAGGAGCGGCUUUUUUUCUUUCCGUUGCUGCUUUCUUCCUCGCUUUCCUUCGGACCUUCUCGAACGCUUUCGUCGGGAUUUCAGGUCGAGAGUACGUUUACGCAGGUAGGGACAGACGGUCAAAGGUUUGGUGAGUGACGUGACGUUGCAAAAGGGUGAAUAUAGUCCGUACGCCUU